AUGGGGAUAAGGCACCUUCUGUUGCUGCUGAUGUACCUGGACCCGCUGAGCGUGUUGGGCGCAGCUACAGGCGGCAAAAAGAACAAGCCGUCGCCCAAGAAGGUUCCCACGGUCGCCCCGACGCUCAAGACGCCGCCGCCCGCGCCCGCCAGCAACCACGACACCUGCCUGAGCUACUACGACGUGAGCGGGCAGUAUGACAAGAUGUUCGAGUGCAACAACACGAACCACCGCUACUGCUGCGGGACGUGCUACCUGCGCUUCUGCUGCGAGUACAAGAAGGACCGGCUGGACCAGCAAGCCUGCACCAACUACCACACGCCCGUGUGGGUGCAGACGGUCAAACCUUCCCCCAUCCCGACCGGCGAGACGUAUGAUCCCAGCAUGGAUCAGACCAACACGGCGGUGUACAUCACCUGUGGGAUCAUAGCCUUCAUCAUAGUGUUGGGAGUGUCGGUCAAAGUUGCUUAUGACAAAGCUACAGAUCCGCCUCAGGAAAUGAACAUACACAGGGCCCUUGCAGACAUCCUGAGGCAGCAGGGGCCCAUCCCUAUAUCACAAUACGACUGUGAGAAUUUCGCAGCGAUGAACGGCUCGCCCAAAGACAACACACCAGUCAGAACUUCAUCCAAGAACCACUACACCCCGGUUCACGCCUCCAAAUCCAACCACGGUCUCCACUAUGGAAAGGAGAGCAUCAGGAGCAGCGGAGGCGCUGACCUUCACAACUUCAUCUCCUCUGGCUUUGUGACAUUAGGUCGAGGCCAUCCGAAAGGAGAAAAUCCUUGGCCGGUCCGCUCCCAGAGUCACCAUGGUACCCAUCAGCACAACUAUAACCAUGUGGCUCUAGGUAGCCCCACACGUACACCUAAGAAUGCUCACCGAUCAUUGAGACGUGAGAACAAUCGGAUGAGCGGCAUCCUGACCUCACAGACGGAGCCCUACGACCUGUCUUUCUCACGCUCCUUCCAGAGCCUCUCACACCUGCCGCCCUCCUACGAGGCGGCCGUCAAAGCCGACCUCAGCCGGUUCUCGUCCCUGAAGAAACUCACAGAUAAAGACGUCGAAGAAUACUACACUCGAAAGCGACACCUGCCCGACCUUGCAGCAAGAAGCACUCUUCCGUUGCAUGUUCUCAAAAUAAGUCAAGACCAGCACCGGGACCAGCAGCAGCAGCAGCUCCAGAGCCAGCCCCCGCAGUCCUCCAUUUCCCAGGCCCCCUCCCAGGCGCAGUCUUCACAGCAGCAGUCUCAGCAAAGGCAGCGGCCCCGUCGCGUCCAGAGGGCCAUGUCCCAGGACCGUGUCCUGUCUCCACUGAGGGCCCCAGAGCAGGAAUACAGCAUAUCCUCUAAUGGUAUGUCCCCAUACGGAGGCAGGAUCCUCUCUGAUGAACAGCUCCUGUCCGCUGAGCGCCUUCGAUCCCAGGAGCGCCUGCUUCCACAGGACCGCCACACCUCCCAAGAUCGCCUGUACACCAAGGACCGCAUGUACUCUAAGGAUCGACUCCUGUCGCAGGAUCACCUCUACUCAAAAGACCGCCACUACUCUCAAGACCGCCUCUAUUCACAAGAUCGCCUGUACUCACAAGAUCGCCUCCUUUCCCAGGAUCCUCUGCUCUCGCCGGACAAGCUGAUGAUGUCUCUGAAGCGCGGCAUGGUCAGCAGCGUCUCCGGUGGGUUUCGCGGCAGCGACAUGUCAAUGUCGCGCGCCAUAUCACACACAGACGUGUUCAUACCCACCACUCCUCUAAUGGAUCGUUACAAGAUGACCAAAAUGCACUCCCAUCCCAGUGCCUCUAACAAUGGUGGUGGCGGCAGUAGCGGGGCACAGGGAGCAGGAAGCACCGGGCACUCCAACACUUUAGCUAUGAACCAGACAUCAACUAAGAGGCAAGCGUUUGCCUCCAGACGGACCCACACUGUGGAACAACUCCACUACAUCCCACAGCAUCACCAGCAGCAGCAACAGCCACAGCACUAUCGCACAGGCAGCAAGACUGAGGUGACUGUGUAA